GUGGAGGGGGUGAGUGAGCAGGACGUGCUCCUCAUUCACUCCUGCCGCCAGUGGACCACGGUGACGGCCCACAGCCUGGAGGAGGGGCACUACGUCAUCGGGCCCAAGAUCGACAUCCCGCUGCAGUACCCAGGGAAGUUUAAGCUGCUGGACCAAGACCGGGACGUGCGGGAACCAGUUCAGUAUUUCAACAGCGUGGAGGAGGUGGCCAGCAGCUUCCCGGACCGCGUCUUCGUCAUGGAGGCCAUCACCUUCAGCGUGAAGGUGGUGUCCGGGGAGUUCAGCGAGGACAGCGAGGUCUACAACUUCACGCUGCAGGCGGGCGACGAGCUGACGCUGAUGGGCCAGGCCGAGAUCCUGUGCGCCAAGGGGGCCAAGGAGAAGUGGCGCCUCCCCACCCUCCUGCGCAAGCUGGGCCGGGCGGGUCCGCCGGGCGGCAAGCCGGUGAAGGGCAAGGUGCCCUGCCUGAUCUGCAUGAACCACCGCACCAACGAGAGCCUCAGCCUGCCCUUCCAGUGCAAGGGCAGCUUCAGCACCCGCAGCCCGCUGGAGCUGCAGAUGCGGGAGGGCGAGCACACCAUCCGCAGCAUCAUCGAGAAGGUGCGGCUGCCCGUCAACGUGGCGGUGCCCGGCCGGCCCCCGCGCAACCCCUACGACCUGCACGCCAUCCGCGAGGGGCACUGCUACAAGCUACUCAGCAUCCUCUCCAGGACCGUGGUGCUGGGCUGCAUCCUGCGCCAGGAGGCCGUGGUGCCCUUCCACGUCCUGCUGCUGAGCGACAUGCCGCGCUUCGCCCUGCCCCAGGGGCUGCUCUGGGGCGACCCCCAGCUGGAGAAGCUGGUGCGGGACAGCGCCGCCGUCUGCCAGGAGCGCUUCGACCCCGACGAGUACUCCAAGGCCGUGCGGGAGGCCAAGCCUGACCUGGCGGAGGAGUGCGCCAGCCCCCGGCGCAUCCGCCUCUGCCUGCAGGGCUGCGCCCGCGAGGAGCUGGCCCCGGCCUUUCAGCGCCUCUCGCUCUGCAUCUAUAGCGGGGGCUCGGCCCACGCCCCCGAGGAGCCCCUGGCGGUGCCGGGCGGGCAGCCCCAGCAGCUGCUCCUCCCCCGCCAUGAGCGCUCGGCCCCGGCUGACCUCUCCGACUCGGAGCGGGAGUACGUGACGCCCGACUGGGCCGAGCCCGAGUUCAGGACUCAGGAGCCGCUGGAGAUCCCCUACGAGGAGCUCUGGACCAACCAGAACCCGGAGAACUUCUCGGAGCCCGGCGGCAACUGGCCGGGGCUGGGCAGCGCCAACAAAGGGCAGCGCGACCUCAUGUCCUUCGCCGCCUCCUCUCCGCUGGGCUCCCCGCACCGUCCCACCCUGCCCGGGGAGGAAACGCCGCCUCCUGUCCCGCCCAAAUCCGAAGCGGUGAAGGAGGAAUGUCGCUUGCUGAACGCACCCCCCGUCCCGCCCCGGGGCAGCCGGCCCCACGCCACCUCCAGCCCACCCGUCCCCCUGCGCUUCCCAAAGCUCCAGCCGGCACAUUCGCCCAGUCCCAGCCUCUCGUACUACUCGUCCGGGCUGCACGACGCGUCAGGGACGCGGAGCGGGAGCUGCUCACCCUCCCCAGACUCCUACUCCCUCUAUUGCUACCCCUGCACCUGGGGCGACUGCAAGGCUGGGGACUCUGCCGGCCGCCAGCUGCCGGGGCCCCUGCCGCCCAGCACCCAGCCCAGCCAGACGUCCUGGUCGGACCCAUGGGCCUACACCGACACGGGCCCCAGCGUGGCCAGCGGGCGCUCCACGCCCCUGCUGGGGGGCGACGCCCCCAUCAAGACCUACCACAGCUGCCCCCGCCUCAAGGCCCCCCACCCCCAGAAACGCUUUGCCCCUUUUGGGGCCCUGAACCCCUUUGCCAACCCCGCCUACUCGCCCAGCCCCUCCUCCUCCACCGAGUGGCUGGAGGCCCUGGACUGGCAGAAGCCCCCCUCUGCCCCCACGCCGGAGACCUUCGACCCCUUCGAGAGCGCCUCCCCCGAGUCGGAGCACUGCUACAGCCAGGAGGGCCGAGGCGGGGCGGGCGGCGCCUGCCUGGCCCCCCCGCCCCGGCCCCCCAAGAGCCUGGAGACGGAGAGCCUCGUGAUCCGCAGCACGGCGCCGCUCUCGCCCACCAUCGUGCGCGGGGCCGAGGGCGGCGUCACCCGCGUCUACCUCACGCAGGGCGUCAUUGAGGUGCCACCGGCGUCGGCCCCGCGCAGCGGCCCGGGCGAGAGCGCCAGCCACGUGCCCGGCGCGCCCCGGCUGAACGGCGACAGCUCGCCCUGGCAGCCGCCCGCCGACCUGGCGGCGCUGUCCGUGGAGGAGGUGUCCCGCUGCCUGCGCUUCAUCGGCCUCGCCGAGGACGUGGUGAGCUUCUUCGCCCGCGAGCGCAUCGACGGCAGCAUCUUCGUCCAGCUCCCCGAGGAGAUCCUCGCCGACGACUUCCGCCUCACCAAGCUGCAGGUCAAGAAGAUCAUGCAGUUCAUCAAGGGCUGGCGGCCCAAGAUCUAGCGUGAGGCCUGGCUCGUGGCAUGUGGAUGUGGGGCCCGGCCCGUGGACGUGAGCCCCUGAUCAUGGGCCCAGCCCAGGCACGUGGGGCCCGGCUGGUGGGCCUGGCCUGUGGACAUGGGACCUGGCUGGUGGGCCCGGCCCGUGGACGUGGAACCCAUUUCGUGGACCUAGCCCAUGGACGUGGGGCCCGGCUGGUGGGCCCGGCCCAUGCACAUGGGGCCCUGCUCAUGGGCCUGGCCUGUGGACGUGGGGCCUGGCUGGUAGGCCUGGCCUGUUGAUGUGGGGCCCAGCGGGUGGAUGCAAUCUGUGGGGUUGGGGUGGGCCCCCACAGAAUGACCCAUUCUCUAGGCUGGGCUCUGUGGCUAGACCUGGCUGGUCGGGGUGGGGCCCUGCACAAUGACCCAGUCCAUGGGUGCCAGGCCCACUCCAGAUGUGGGGCCUCCAGUGUGCACAGUCCUGCCCAGGGACCUGGGAGCAGCCCACUGGCACUGGGGCCCCAGCACAGAGCACCCUGAGGUGUGGGGGGGCCCUGCCUACCUGGGCUGCGCACACGAACACAUGACCAGCACACGGAGCGGCACACACAUGCCCCCCCGCAUGUGCCCCUCCACCCCCUGCUGCCCAACCCGCAGCAAUCAGGCAGUCGGCGUGGUUUGUACCAGCAAGGCACUCGCACAUUGUCCCAUCCAGACCCCAGCCACGGGAUCAUGGGACCGGGACCACGAGGAGCUGGCCUGGUUCCCCUGGGGCCUGGUUCCCCUCCACCCUAUUGCUUGAGCUACACACCCCAUUACCCCUAUGCUUGGGGGGGGGAGGGGUGGAUCUCAGGCCCGCCUCCCCCCCGACCCCGAUACCAUGCUGCCAUCCUCCCUCUCUGCCCCGAGCCCUCCCUCCAUUCAGCAUGUGCCACGACUGCCUCCUGGGGGUGCUGCAGCCCCUAAAUCCCCCCCGCAUUCAGUGUCUCCCCUGUGUGCCCAGUAGGGCCCCGAGGCAGCGGGUGUUGGGCCCCCCCAGGAGGAGCGGAGUGCGAAGGGGCGUUGGGCUGGAGGGGGCCCGGGAGCCAUGAGGGGUCUGGCUGUGGGCACAGAGGGCUGGGGGUAGUGCUGACAGCUGGCUAGCCGGGGGAUUGGGCCGCACUGCACCCCAGAGGGGCUAACACAGGGGCUGUCUGCGUGCAGGGCUGGGGUUUGGAGUGCUGGGCUGGAUAUGCCAGACUCACCCCCUCCCCGCCCCCGAGCACGGGGCCCAGCCCAGACCCAGUGGAGGGGCCAAGCCUUGCCCUGGAGAGCUGACCAGAGGACAGUGCCCGAGCCCCAGGCCCGCCUGCAUUUAACCGCGGAGCCUUAACAGAGUUUGCUGCAAUUCAUUUCCCUGUGUGU